GGCUGUGGCGGGGCCGGGAGGGCGGUGCGCGCAGCAGGCCCCGCCUCGCCCCAUCGGGGAGAGGAUAAAUUCCCGUCCCAGCUCUGCUGAGGCCUCUCCACUCAGAGCGCAAACACCAGCGCAAUGGCCAUGACCUUGGGUUACUGGGAUAUCCGCGGGCUGGCUCAUGCCAUCCGCUUGCUCCUGGAGUACACAGACUCAAACUAUGAGGAAAAGAAGUACACGAUGGGGGACGCUCCCGACUAUGACAGAAGCCAGUGGCUGAAUGAGAAAUUCAAGCUUGGCCUGGACUUCCCCAAUCUGCCCUACCUAAUUGAUGGGGCCCACAAGAUCACCCAGAGCAACGCCAUCCUUCGCUACAUUGCUCGCAAGCACAACCUGUGUGGGGAGACAGAAGAGGAGAAGAUUCGGAUGGACAUUUUGGAGAAUGAGGUUAUGGACACCCGCAUGGCCCUGGUCAGGGUCUGCUACAACCCUGAUUUUGAGAAACUGAAGCCUCAGUACUUGGAGGCGCUUCCUGAUAAGGUGAAGCUCUUCUCACAGUUUCUGGGGAAGAGGCCUUGGUUUGCAGGGGACAAGAUCACCUAUGUGGAUUUCCUGGCUUAUGACAUCCUUGAUUAUUUGCGUACUUUUGAACCCAAGUGCCUGGAUGCUUUCCCAAACCUGAAGGACUUCAUAGCCCGCUUUGAGGGCCUGAAGAAGAUCUCUGCCUACAUGAAGACCAGCCGCUUCCUCCCAAAGCCUCUGUUUCUGAAGACGGCUGUGUGGUGCAACAAGUAGGGCCUUAUAAGUCCUGGAGAUGGGAGGGAGGAAUCAGAGCUGUCCCAGAUGUCCUGGCCCUGAACAGCUGGACCUCCGUGCCCCUGGAGCCAGCUGUCUUGCUUCUUUCACUGUCUUUCCCUCCCUUCUCACUGUCAGAUGCCUUAUUGGUCUCUUUUUCUCCCUCCCGACCCCCUUUUCAUCCAAGCCGUUUACAGCUUCAGCUCCCCACGUCUCUUCCAUGAAGUCCCACCCCAAUAUAUUAUUCUCCCUGCACUGAAGCACCCAGUCCAUCCUUCCCUUCGGUGGUUGCUCUGCUUGAGGAGCCCGACCAGACCCCUGGCCUGGAGAGCUGAGCCCUGAGUUCCCAGCACUGCCCUGAAGAGCCGUAUCGGCCUGGUGUGCAGUGCCUGCUCCCCCACUGUGGCCCUGCCCUGCCCUGCCUGAUCGUCAGUAAAGCCUUAAUGACA